AUGAGGGUGAUUGAAAUUAUAAUUGACGGCUUCAAGUCGUAUGCUGUUCGAACAGUAAUUUCAGGAUGGGACGAAAGCUUCAACUCGAUCACCGGCCUCAACGGCAGUGGCAAGUCCAACAUUCUGGACUCCAUUUGCUUUGUUUUAGGUAUCACGAACAUGAGCACCGUUCGCGCACAAAAUCUUCAGGACCUCAUCUAUAAGCGUGGCCAGGCGGGCGUGACAAAGGCAAGCGUCACCAUUGUCUUUGACAACCGGGAUAAGAAGAAGUCACCAAUCGGCUUCGAGGAGUAUGCCACCAUCAGUGUCACCCGGCAGAUCGUGCUGGGUGGCACAUCCAAGUAUCUCAUCAACGGGCAUCGCGCGCAGCAGCAGACGGUACAGAACCUGUUCCAGUCGGUGCAGUUGAAUAUCAACAAUCCCAACUUUCUGAUUAUGCAAGGUCGCAUCACCAAGGUCCUGAACAUGAAGCCGGCCGAGAUCCUGGCUAUGAUUGAGGAAGCUGCGGGCACGAGGAUGUUCGAAGACCGGAGGGACAAGGCCAUUAAGACGAUGGCUAAGAAGGAGAUGAAGCUCCAAGAAAUCACGGAACUCCUGCGCGAUGAGAUCGAACCCAAGCUGGAGAAGCUGCGCACAGAGAAGCGUGCUUUUCUCGACUUCCAGCAGACACAGACCGAUCUGGAACGACUGACACGCCUGGUUGUUGCACACGACUACAUCCGCAGCCAAGAAAAGCUCAAACGGUCAGUUGCCGACCUCGAGGCUCAGAAACAGCGACAGCGCGAGCUGGAAGAAUCCGCUGUACGGCUCAAGAGCGAAAUAUCACAUCUCGAAGAGGACGCCAAUCGGAUCCGGGCACAGCGAGAAAAGGAGAUGAAAAAGGGCGCAAAAGCACAGGCUCUGGAGGAGGCAGUCAAAAAACAUUCCAACGAGCUUGUCCGGCUCGCCACCGUAAUGGAUCUUAAGCGGUCAAGCAUGGCGGAGGAGAAGGACCGGCGGAAAGCGGGCGAGAAAAGCGUUACGGAGCUGGAGGCCUCGCUGAAGGACAAAACCAAGGCCUACGACAAGAUCAAGGCCAGGUUCGAUUCUGCCAAGGAGGAGCUGGAGAAGCAGAGCCAAGACGCCGAAUCCAAGGAGGAGCUUCUCCAGACCCUGCAGACCGGCGUGGCUUCGAAGGAUGGUCAGGAGAACGGCUACCAGGGCCAGCUUCAAGAUGCACGAAACCGUGCGUCUACAGCUGCUACAGAGCAAGAGCAGGCCAAGAUCAAGAUCGCCCAUCUGGAAAAGCGGGUCAAAGAGGAGGAGCCACGGGCAAAGAAGGCCAAGGAGCAGAACGCCGGCCUUCUCCACGACCUAGACGGACUGAAGACCCAGGCACAGAGACUAGAGAAGGAGCUCGGGAAGCUGGGCUUCAGUGCCGGCGCCGAAGAGGAAACGUACAAGGAGCAGAGCAGCCUGCAGCAGACCAUUCGUGACCUGCAGCAGCAGUCCGAUGCUCUGAAGCGGCGCGUGGCCAACAUCGACUUCAACUACUCGGAUCCGGUGCCGCAUUUCGACCGUUCAAAGGUGAAGGGCCUCGUGGCACAGCUGUUCAGCCUCGACGAAAAGCAUACGGAUGCCGGAACUGCGCUCGAGAUCUGUGCUGGCGGGCGGCUGUACAACGUGGUGGUGGACACUGAGGUCACGGGCACACAGCUGCUGCAAGGCGGCAAGUUGCGCAAGAGAGUGACGAUCAUUCCGCUGAACAAGAUCUCUGCGUUCAAGGCGCACGCCGGAGCGAUUGCAACGGCACAGAAGAUUGCUCCGGGCAAGGUGAACCUGGCGCUGUCCCUCGUUGGCUACGACGACCAAGUCUCGGCAGCGAUGGAGUACGUGUUUGGCAACACGCUGAUCUGCGCGGAUGCCGACACGGCAAAGCGGGUGACGUUCGACCCAAACGUACGGAUGCGGAGCAUCACGCUCGAGGGAGAUGCAUACGACCCGUCGGGCACGCUGUCGGGCGGCAGCUCGCCGAAUUCAAGCGGUGUGCUGGUAACUCUGCAAAAGCUCAACGAGAUCAACCGGAAGCUGAAGACGGCGGAGGCGACGCUGGCCAGCCUGCAGGCGAAGAUUGCCCGGGAAAAGUCCCGAUUCGACCAAGCGCACGGAAUCCAGCGCGAACUGGACCUCAAGGCGCACGAGAUCAAGCUAGCAGAGGAGCAGAUCAGCAGCAACUCGUCGUCGUCGAUCAUCCAUGAGGUGGAGAACAUGAAGGAGCAGAUCGUGCAGCUCAAGGCAGGCUCAGCAGAAGCCAAAAAGCGGCAGGCAGAGGCUAACGCAGACAUUAAGCGGGUGGAGAAGGACAUGAAGGACUUUGACAACAACAAGGACGGCAAGCUGGUGGAGCUGCAGGCAGCUCUAGACAAGCUGCGGGCGUCGGUGGCCAAGAACGGCGGCUCGCUCAAGGCGCUGCAGAAGGAGCUGCAGGGGGCACAGCUGGACUCGGAGCAGGUGGCAGGCGAUCUGGCAGCGGCACGGGAACAGCUGCAGGAGAUGGACGUGGCGAUGGAGGCACAGCAGGGCGAGAUCGGCGAGCUGGAGAAGCAGCAGGCAGGGGUGCAGGAUCUGCACGACUCGGCACAGGCGCAACUAGAAGACGAACGGGCGAAGCUGAGCAUCUACGACGACGAGCUGCGAGCGGUAGACCAAGCAACACGGAGCAAAAACGCACGGCUGGCAGAAGAGAGCCUGGAGAUGCAGAAGCUGGGCCACACGGUGGAGCGGUUCCACAAGGAGCAGCAGCACGCGAAGCACUCGACGGCGAAGCUGGAGGAGGAUCAUGAGUGGAUCGCGGACGAGAAGGACAAGUUUGGGCGGGCAGGAACGCCGUACGACUUCCACGGGCAGAACAUUGCGGAAUGCCAGGCGACGCUACGCAACCUAACGGAGCGGUUCCAGGGGAUGAAGAAGAAGAUCAACCCCAAGGUGAUGAACAUGAUUGACAGCGUGGAGAAGAAGGAGGUAUCACUGAAGCACAUGAUGAAGACAGUGAUCCGCGACAAGCGCAAGAUUGAGGAGACGAUUGUCAGCCUGGACGACUACAAGAAGAAGGCGCUGCACCAGACGUGGACCAAGGUGAACGCGGACUUUGGGCAGAUCUUCUCGGAGCUACUGCCGGGCGGCAGCUUUGCGAAACUGGAUCCGCCGGAGGGCAAGACGAUCAGUGACGGGCUGGAGGUCAAGGUGUGCCUGGGCAAGGUGUGGAAGCAGAGCCUGACGGAGCUGAGCGGUGGCCAGCGGUCGCUGAUUGCGCUGUCUCUGAUCAUGGCGCUGCUGCAGUUCAAGCCGGCGCCGAUGUACAUCUUGGACGAGGUGGAUGCGGCGCUGGAUCUGUCGCAUACGCAGAACAUUGGCCGGCUGAUCAAGACGCGCUUCAAGGGUUCGCAGUUUAUUGUCGUCAGUCUGAAGGACGGCAUGUUCCAGAAUGCGAACCGCAUUUUCCGGACGCGUUUCAGCGAUGGCACGAGCAUAGUACAGGCGCUGACUCCAGCGGAUCUGCGAUGA